GAGAGAGAGUACGAGAGAAAGGAGAAGGAGGGGGGCGUUCUGAAAUAAUAUAGUCAGCCAUUUUUUAUGUAAGGGGAUUUUUCUUAUUGGGGGGGUUGUUAAAAAAUAAAUAUAAGGGCGGCCAUCUUUGUUUCUCUGCCUUGUAGUGUAAAAUAUUCCAAAACGCCCCCCACUUUUUUGUGUGUCGAUUUGAAUAUUAAAUAAAUAUCAUAAUUCGGGAGGAAUACUCUUUUUGAUUUCGAGGACGGGGUCGGUGACAGGAAUAUAAUGUCCUCUCCUCUACGCUCCUGUGAGGAAGAUGAGGGCAUGUUGGCUAAUUCCGAGGGAGGAGAUUUUGAUGAAGAAGAAGAGGACGACGGAGACCUAGACGAGAACGCAAGCGACAUAAACUCGCCGGCGGCGCCUAGAGAAACUGCAACACUAGCCGCGCCAGAUGACUGUGAAGAAGGGGGCGACACAUCAGACAGAGACAGCUUUGGGAAAAAGAAACGAGGCCCCAAGAAAAAGAAAGAGACAAAAAAGAAGGACAAGGAGAAGGAAGGCAAGGCGGCCAAAGUGCGGAAGCGCAAAAAAAUUGAAAGUGAUGUAGAGAGGGACUCCGAGAGAGACUAUGGGGAAAACUCCGACAGCGGUGCUAGUGAUUAUGGAGGAGAAAAGAAGAAAAAGAAGAAACACAAAGAAAAGAAAGAGAAGAAAACAAAAAAGAAGAGGAAAGAAGACGGUGAUAGCACCCAGGAGGAAACUGUAAAGCAGCCUGUGGAGCAGAAGACUUCUGCCCAACUGGCUCGGGACUGGGGCCUAGAAGAUGUGGAUCACACCUUCACCGAGGAGGACUACCGCACGCUCACCAACUACAAGGCUUUCAGCCAGUUCAUGAGGCCGAUGAUAGCCAAAAAGAAUCCCAAGAUCCCCAUGUCCAAGAUGAUGACCAUCCUGGGGGCUAAGUGGCGGGAAUUCAGCUCCAACAACCCCUUCAAGGGUUCCGCCGCCGCCGUGGCAGCAGCUGCAGCGGCGGCCGCGGCAGCCGUUGCCGAGCAGGUCUCUGCGGCAACUGCCUCUCCAGAACCCCCUCCCCAGCCUCCCCCACUGCGCAAGGCCAAAACCAAAGAAGGCAAAGGGCCUGGCUACAAGAAACGGAGCAAAAGCCCACGAGUCCCUGACAAGAAGGCCAAGGCCAAGGCCAAGAAGAUGGCCCCGCUGCGCAUCAAACUGGGGACCCUGGGGCCCAAGAGGAAGAAGAGCAGCUCUAGUGAGGACGUGGACGACGAUGACUCGGAGCAGGAGAACUCCAGCGUCCAUAGCUCGUCGGUGCGGUCCGACAGCUCUGGCCGCGUCAAGAAGAACAAGAGAGGGCGGCCCAAAAAGAAGAAGAAAAUGCUGGGGGAUGAAGAUGGCGAGGGCUACGAGACGGACCACCAGGACUACUGCGAGGUGUGCCAGCAGGGUGGCGAGAUCAUCCUGUGCGACACCUGCCCGCGUGCCUACCAUCUGGUGUGCCUGGAGCCCGAGCUAGAGAAGGCCCCCGCCGGCAAAUGGAGCUGUCCGCACUGCGAGAAGGAAGGCAUCCAGUGGGAGGCGAAGGAGGAGGACUUUGAGGAGUUUGAGGAGGAGGCCGAAGAGCCGGUAGAGGCAGCGGUGGCGGCAGCCGGGGAGGAAGAGGAGGACGACGACCACAUGGAGUUCUGCCGUGUGUGCAAGGAUGGCGGCGAGUUGCUCUGUUGCGACUCCUGCCCUUCUUCCUAUCACAUUCACUGCCUCAACCCACCCCUUCCCGAGAUACCCAAUGGGGAGUGGCUGUGCCCACGUUGCACGUGCCCACCAAUCAAAGGGCGUGUUCAGAAGAUCCUGCACUGGCGGUGGGGUGAGCCCCCUCCACCUGUCCCUGUCCCGCCGCCCCCCGAUGCUCCACCGGACGCGCCCCCUCCGCCUCCCAUGAAGGGGCGGCCGGAGAGGGAGUUCUUCGUGAAGCUGGCCGGCCAAUCCUACUGGCACUGCACUUGGAUCACAGAGCUACAGCUGGAGAUUUUCCAUUCGGUUAUGUUCCGGAACUACCAGCGCAAGACGGACAUGGACGAGCCCCCCAGCCUGGACUACGGCUCUGGGACAGAGGAGGAUUCUGGGAAGAGCGAGAAGCGGCGGGCCAAAGACCCACAGUUUGCCGUCCUGGAGGAGAAGUAUUUUCGCUACGGCAUCAAGCCUGAAUGGAUGAUGAUCCAUCGUAUAAUCAACCACAGUGUGGAUAAGAAGGGGAGCUACCACUACUUGGUCAAAUGGAGGGAUCUGACCUAUGACCAAUGCACUUGGGAGAGAGAUGAUUUGGAUAUCCCAGACUUCCACGUGCACAAGUCUGCCUACUGGAGGCACAGGGAUGAAGUGAUGAAGGAGGACAUAGACAAGCCGAGGAAGAGGAGGAGAGAAGAAGAUAAUGAAGACAAUGACAACGAUGAUGAAGUUCCUCGAACACCUGUUACUGACCCUACCAUUAAGUACGAGGAGCAGCCAGACUUCGUGACGGUGACGGGGGGCACGCUGCACCUCUACCAGCUGGAGGGCCUCAACUGGCUGCGCUUCUCCUGGGCGCAGGGCACCGAUACCAUCCUGGCCGACGAGAUGGGCCUGGGCAAGACCAUCCAGACCAUCGUCUUCCUCUACUCCCUCUUCAAAGAGGGUCACACUAAGGGGCCGUUCCUGGUCAGCGCCCCUCUGUCGACCAUCAUUAACUGGGAGCGUGAGUUCGAGAUGUGGGCGCCCGACUUCUACGUGGUGACCUACACCGGGGACAAGGACAGCCGAGCCAUCAUCCGGGAGAACGAGUUCACCUUUGACGACACGUUGGUCAGGGGUGGAAAGAAGACCUUCAAACUGAGGAGAGAGGCUAUCAUUAAGUUCCACGUGCUCUUGACCUCUUAUGAGCUGGUGACCAUCGACCAGACUGCACUUAAAUCCAUCGACUGGGCCUGUCUGGUUGUGGACGAGGCUCAUCGUCUGAAAAACAAUCAGUCUAAGUUUUUCCGGAGGCUAAAUGACUACAAGAUCGACCACAAGCUGCUGCUGACAGGCACUCCACUACAGAACAAUCUAGAAGAGCUUUUCCACCUGCUCAACUUCCUCACGCCCAACCGUUUCAACAACCUGGAGGGCUUCCUGGAGGAGUUUGCCGACAUCUCCAAGGAGGACCAGAUCAAGAAGCUGCACGACCUGCUGGGGCCCCACAUGCUGCGGCGCCUCAAGGCCGACGUCUUCAAGAACAUGCCGGCCAAGACCGAGCUCAUCGUCCGCGUGGAGCUCAGCCCCAUGCAGAAAAAAUACUACAAAUUCAUCUUGACGAGAAACUUUGAGGCUCUGAACUCCAAAGGAGGUGGUAACCAGGUGUCUCUCCUCAACAUCAUGAUGGACCUGAAGAAGUGCUGUAACCAUCCCUACCUCUUCCCCGUGGCAGCCAUGGAAGCUGCCAAGACACCCAGUGGGGCCUAUGAGGGUGUGUCCCUCAUAAAGGCUUCUGGGAAACUGACACUGCUGCAGAAGAUGCUGAGGAAGCUGAAGGACCAGGGUCACCGUGUGCUGGUGUUCUCUCAGAUGACUAAAAUGCUGGACCUGCUGGAGGACUUCCUGGACUUUGAGGGCUAUAAGUAUGAGCGCAUCGACGGGGCCAUCACAGGAGCGCUGAGGCAGGAGGCCAUCGACAGGUUUAAUGCUCCAGGUGCCUGUCAGUUCUGUUUCCUCCUGUCCACCCGAGCGGGUGGUUUGGGCAUCAACUUGGCCACAGCUGACACGGUCAUCAUCUUUGACUCUGACUGGAAUCCACACAAUGAUAUUCAGGCAUUUAGCCGAGCACAUCGUAUUGGCCAGGCCAACAAAGUGAUGAUCUACCGCUUCGUGACUCGGGCCUCGGUGGAGGAGCGCAUCACGCAGGUGGCCAAGCGCAAGAUGAUGCUGACCCACCUGGUGGUGCGGCCCGGCCUGGGCUCCAAGGCAGGGUCCAUGACCAAGCAGGAGCUGGACGACAUCCUCAAGUUCGGCACCGAGGAGCUCUUCAAGGACGAGAUGGGAAUCGAGAAGGCCGGGGACAACAAAGAGGAGGAUAGCAGUGUGAUCCACUACGACAGCACGGCCAUCGAGAGGCUCCUGGACCGCAGUCAGGACGCCACAGACGACUCGGACAUGCAGAACAUGAACGAGUACCUGAGCUCCUUCAAGGUUGCCCAGUACAUGGUGCGGGAGGAGGACAAGAUAGAGGAGAUUGAGCGUGAGAUCAUUAAGCAGGAGGAGAACGUGGACCCAGACUACUGGGAGAAGCUGCUGAGGCACCACUACGAGCAGCAGCAGGAGGAUCUGGCCCGCAACCUGGGCAAGGGCAAGAGGGUCCGCAAACAGGUCAACUACAACGACGCUGCACAGGAGGACCAAGAGUGGCAUGCUGAUAUUUCAGAUAACCAGUCAGAGUACUCAGUGGGCUCGGAGGAGGAGGACGAGGACUUUGACGAGAGGCCUGAAGGGCGUAGGCAGUCACGGCGGCAGCUCAGAAACGAGAAGGAUAAACCACUGCCCCCCCUGUUGGCCAGAGUGGGGGGUAACCUUGAGGUUCUUGGCUUUAACACUCGUCAGAGGAAGGCCUUCCUGAACGCCGUGAUGAGAUGGGGGAUGCCCUCACAGGACGCCUUCUCCUCCCAGUGGCUGGUCAGAGACCUCCGGGGGAAGUCUGAGAAGGAGUUCAAGGCAUACGUGUCUCUUUUCAUGCGCCACCUGUGUGAGCCCGUUGCUGACGGCUCAGAAACAUUUGCCGACGGUGUGCCCAGGGAGGGUUUGUGCCGGCAACCCGUGCUGACCAGGAUCGGGGUCAUGUCGCUGGUCAAGAAGAAGGUGCAGGAGUUUGAGCACAUCAACGGUAAGUGGAGCAUCCCGGAGCUGAAGCCGGAGAUCAGCGUGGACUCCAAGUCCUCACGGGCCUCCUCCCCCGCCAUCAACACCUCCACGCCUACGCCAGAGCCCAGCUGCAACAACACGCCCUGCACCUCCAAACCAGCAACCCCUGCUCCAGUGGACAAGCUGGAAAAGAAUGGCAAAGAGGGAGAGAAAGAAGGAGAGGGAGAUGUCCAGCCGGACUCUGAGAAGGACAAGGAGACGGAGGGAGAGAACAGCACAGAGAAGACUGACAAUACAGAGCCUACGAACACUACUAAGGAGGGGACCCAGGAUCCAGCCACCAGUGACAAGCCCGACACAGCCAUCGAGUCCAGCGUAGCCCCCUCCACGGCUACCUCCGCCGAGGAGCCCAAACCUACAGAGGCGUCCGAGUCGCCCCCUGCGCCUCCUCCUCCUGGGGAGAAGAAGGAGAAAGGAGAGGAGGAGGAGAGGAAGGGAGAGCAGGAGACACCCUCCGACAAGACGAAACAGGAGGCCGCCGGCGAUUCUCCGCCCAUCAAAAACGAGAAACCAGAGGCCGAGAAGACGGAGAAGCCCGAGGAGGACAAGGAGAAGGGCGAGGAGGCCCCGGUUGCUGCGGAGAAGGCCGACAACAAAGACAAGCCGGACAGCCUGGCCUUGGAGGUCAAGAAAGAGGAAUCCAAGGCCGACAAGGACGCCGGGAGAGACCUCAAAGGGCCGAAGGAGGACACGCCGGUGACCGCCGCCAAGGGCAACGGGAAGGUGGAACGGCCGCGUUUCAUGUUCAACAUUGCCGACGGAGGCUUCACAGAGCUGCACACUCUCUGGCAGAACGAGGAGCGGGCGGCGAUCCAGUCAGGCAAGAUGAACGAGAUCUGGCACCGACGCCACGACUUCUGGCUGCUAGCAGGCAUCGUGCUUCAUGGUUAUGCACGGUGGCAGGACAUCCAAAACGACCCGCAGUUUGCCAUCGUCAACGAGCCCUUCAAGACACAGGCCAACAAGGGGAACUUCCUGGAGAUGAAGAACAAGUUCCUGGCCAGGCGGUUCAAGUUGCUGGAGCAGGCCCUGGUGAUUGAGGAGCAGCUGAGGCGAGCGGCGUACCUGAACAUGACGCAGGACCCCACGCACCCGGCCAUGGCGCUGAACGCCCGCUUUGCCGAGGUCGAGUGCCUGGCCGAGUCCCACCAGCACCUCAGCAAAGAGUCGCUGGCCGGCAACAAGCCCGCCAAUGCAGUGCUGCACAAGGUGCUCAACCAGCUGGAGGAGCUGCUGAGCGACAUGAAGGCGGACGUGACACGGCUGCCCGCCACCCUAUCGCGCGUGCCCCCCAUCGCCGCCCGACUGCAGAUGUCCGAGAGGAGUAUCCUCAGCCGACUGGCCAACAAGGGCACAGAGACGCACACGCCGCCGCCGAUCCCGCCGGGACCGUACGCCACCCCACAGAACUACGGUGCCCCCUUCACUCCAGCUCCACCAGGGGGCAUGGGUCUGGGAGGGGCCAACUACACCCAGAUGCCCCCGGGGUCCUUCAUAUCAGUGCUUAAUGGGCCUCCCAUGUCGGUGAAGAAGGAGCAGCGCGAGGCUGAGCUGAUGAUGGUCCAGCGUGGGAGGGAGCAGCGGAGCGGAGAGGUCAUCUGCAUCGACGACUGAGUCUGACUGAAGUCCCUUAUGUAGACCUCAAACAAACACACACACACACACACAUACACAUACAAACACCCACGCACACACAUACACAUACACACACACUUACUCACACACUCCCACUGCUGGGUCACGCUCAUUCUAAGAACGUCUUGCCCCCUGAAUGCUCUUGUAUUGACUAGAGACCCACACACUCACACACACACAUAACACAAACACAUGCACACAUCUGCACAGACACACACACACACAUGCAUACAUAUUAAUGAGAAACUACAGUCCAAGUCCCAAAUCCACAAACAUCUGCUCUUAUAAUCUACAAUCUCCCCAGGCUUGCCCUUGCAUUGCACAAACGAACUUGCAAAUACACACACGCACACACACACAUUCACAGACCCAUACACAUACACACACACACACACACAUACACACUCCAAAUGUGCACACAUACCUGUGGUCCAUACUAUCGCAAUCUCUACAUGUUUCACUCUAUCUGCCUCAAAGCAACUGAUCUCUCAAUCCCAGAAGCAGUUUGCACGCACACGUACACACACACACACACACCCAAACUCACACACGCCCUCACAAACACUCCCGCCACAAGAUGCAAACAAAAACAUAACCCUGCUAUCUUGCCAGUGACCGCUACAUGAAGCUGCAUGACUGUAUGUGAAAAAAAAGAGAAAACAUUUUGCCUCCAUUGACCACCAUUUGUGUUCCCUGCAGGCAUGUUCCACUAGCAGACAACCGCCACUCAGUCACCAUAUCCACAUUAACACAUUACAAUCACAUUAACGUCAAGUAGUGCUUACAUUUAUCGUUAAAAAAAAAGACUGUCGACUGUGUCGAUCUCCAGACCAAGGUAUAGGUGUCCCUUCUACCAAUGGACUCCAGAACCGAAUAGACUUUCAUGGGCACACUCCUACUCAAAGCAUGAGUGAAUGGGGUAAAGUUAGGCACUCCGUUGAUAGGCGAACAGGCUUCAUACAAAUACAAAUCAGUGGUCAGCUCGUGGGCAAUGCCAAUAACGGGUUCACAGCACUACGCCUAGCCAUUUUCGUAGAUGCACCAUACCGCUAUGUCAUGGAUUUUUUUAUCCAAGAUUUUUUCCUUACAUUCCUUCCUGGAAUGUAAUGUGUAUCAAUCCUUUUAUGGCGAGAUCUACCUUGUGUCGUUAACGGUUUGAUAAACACCUCUCUACACAAAAUGAUGGCGUACGUACAACAGCCUUAAGUAUUCUGUCGAUCAGUGCAAUCGGAGAUUGAAAGAUUAGCUGUUAGCAGCGUAGACACAGAAUGGUCCUCCCUGUGUGAGGGGGGUCGCUGGAGCAUGGGCUGUGGCAUUGGGAUGUUUCUAAAGAGUUGUUUAUGAAAGGCCUUGUAACUGUACAAGUAGGCAACAAGGCAGUUUUUUUCUCCCAGAGAAUGUUUUGUUCGUUUUAGAGUGGCGAGCUAUUUCAAAGCUAUCCUUUUACUUGCCCCCCACCCCCCCGACCCCAAAAUAAACCCCCCUCCUGACCUCUUGAUCUCUCCUCUGAACACACGACAUCCUUUACGGCCCCCUAUCUCCUCCUCCCUCUCUCUCUCUCUCUUGUUUAUUUUUCCAAGUUUCUAAUCCUCCUUUUUACAAGACUCUGUGAUAUCCUUUGCAUAUUUAAACUUGGUUCAAUGUGUUCUCGUGUGUUUAAUUCUUGUUAUUACGACUGCAGUUCAUAUUAUUAUCGUUGCCGUUGCUGUCAACAUUGUCCUUGCUGUUGCAAUUAUGAAGCUUUUACCAAAUUAAAAGAAGAGAAAAAAAUCAAGAAAAAUUGAGAUCAUUUAAACAUUACUGUGCUAGUUUGCGUUCCAUCGUGUUUCUCUACAUCGAGCAUCAUAUAGCCUACAUUGAACGAGGAGGUUGAAGGAACUUCGGAAUUAAAAAUAAUAAUACAAACAUCUUUUUCUUGCUUAAACUUUCUACAGAUAGGCCUUGCUAAUAAUCCUAGACUUCUAGUCUAAACCCUGGAGACGUGACAAGAGUGUAACGGAAAUAACGCUAUUCUCCAAAAUCAGCAAGCUGAAAAAAAAAGUCAAACUCGUUCCUCUGGAAAAGGCCUCUGAGGCAAAGAUUUUUUUGCUGUCUUUUGUUUCUCUCCUCACUCUCCGUUUCACUCCAAAUGUCCUGCACAUGUACACACUGACAUGCUGUACGCGCCUUAAUCAAUGCAGAGUUCAGUAAGUACAAAGAGCUCAAGUUAACCAGGAGUUGUCUACUCCUUACAUGCUUGCUGUUGUAGUCUACGAUUAGCUAGGCCUCAACUUGUACUGACUUCAGAUUAUUAGGAUAAUAGAAAGAGUUAAUUUAUUUCCCCAACAAGCACCCCCUCCCCCCCAGUCCGUGGCAAAGUAUCCUUUUCAAAUGAAGACUUUCAAAUAAGUAUUAUGGCAAGUGAUUUAUUUGUCAGUCAGUGUUUCGCAACCCCCUUAUCAUAACUGAAAGGCUUUGUCAAAAUACGCACUUUUUCCCUCUCUUUCCUCUGUCUCUCUUGCCCUUCUCUCACUUUCAUUUGUCAAUUUUUUCAGAGAUUGUCUUUGUUCUGUUUUUUGCCUUUUUGUUUUUCAUUUGUUUCUUGGUAUCCGUCACUGUGUAAGAGUUGUGGAACCAAACAAUCAGUGACAGUGUUGUUUAGUCCAUUCGGGCGCCGUGCGGAACAUGUCAAUAAUGCAUCUCUCAUUUAUUUUGUUCUUGUUUUGUUUGUAAUAAAAUAAAGUAAAAAAAUCUAAAAUUAAAAAGGUGUGUUGUGUCGUCAUGUAAGACGUAGGCAAGGCAAGUGGGGAAAGCCAGCGUGGCAAAAGCCUGCCAUCGGCUGCCAAAGGUCAUUAGAUAACCAGGGAAAAAUAAAGGAAGUUGGAAACAAAGUGAAUAACGCAUCCCUCUAACUCAUGAACUCACAAGCAGCAUUGAGAGUAGUGAGGUCCCUGACUAACACCAGAGAGGGUUAAAGCGGAGC